UAUAAUGUGUCAGUGCCUAUUUGAUUUGCGUUAAACAAACUGGUAAAAAAUUACAGAAGGCGAUGGAGAAAAAGUACAAACUUAAGAUGUUAGACACAUUCCGCAAAAUGAGUGCAACUUGCUUUAUUCUGGGCUUGUGGAACUCUCAGCAUUGGAAGGCUUCGUUCCCUCGCAUUUUCACGUGUCUUUUAUUUUUGUCAUGCACGCUAUCAACAACCCUUCAAGUCUUAAUAACGGACGACAACGACGAGUCUGUAUUUCUUGGAGUGACUACCUUAAUUUGCGUAGUGCAGACCUAUCGUUUAUUUUACAUUAUAUUGAAGCAACGCAAAGUUAUCGACUUGAUGCAAUCAAGUAGUGCUAGCAGUACUGACGAUUAUGAGGCAUUUUGCAACGUUAUGCAAAAAUUGACAAACUUCACAAUGUUCGUGAAGUAUUUUUUGGCCACGACAUUCUCAUCGUUUCUUCUUGCUUUGUUCACUCCGUUAGUUACAAAGCAAUUAAUGUUCAACAUCGCUUUUCCAUUGGACUACAAAACUGAUGAUAAUGCAUUUUGGAUGGCUUACGCAUUUAUUACCGCAUCAUUUCUAUUGUCUGUGACUUGUUGUUUGCUCACAAGUAUGAAUUGGUAUAUUAUGAUGAACUUUGUGGUCAAAUUUGAGCUACUGGGCAAUGAUUUUAAAAAUUUGGGUGUAACAACAGUGGAGGCGGAGGGACAAGAAUCAAUCAGUUUGACGAGUCGUCAAGCAAAACAAACGCUUUACCUCCGACAUCUGAUUGAAGCGAUCAAAAGUCUAGAAAGUACCACUGAACUUCUCGAUGAGUUUGCGUCAACCUUUUCCAGUUUAUUUCUACUGCAAAUAUUCACAAGUAGCCUUUCUAUCUGUGGAGGAGUCUACAGUUUGGCAUUUAGCUCUCACGACGAUCCAAUUCAGGAUGGAUUUUACUCUAUAGUUGAAUUCUACUGCUUCUUCGACACAUUUGCUCUUAUGUACUUGGGCAACGAAAUAAUGGUUUCUUCUGACAAGUUGUCUUACUGUCUUUUUGAGUCCAACUGGAUUGAACAAACGCAAUCUUGCAAAAGAAAUAUUCUUAUCUUGGUCGAAUACUUACAGCAGCCGCAACAGAUAAUUGUCUGUAAACUGUUUCCGUUGAAUUUGGAAUCGUUUUCGAUCAUUGUAAACCGUGCGUACAGUAUGUUCAAUCUUUUGCAAAAUUUUCGAACUUAGGGCAAACGGACCAAUUCUGAGAUAAAUUGGCUUAUCACAUUUCUCAACUUUUUUUUGUUAGCACCUAUGCUUAGCACUUA